AUUCUUUGACAGGGAGGUAAAGAAUCUUCAGAUGCUCACUAAGUACAAGUCAAUUCACCUCUUCAAGCCCAUAGCAGCCUACGAACACCGUGGAGAUCGCUGCCUCCUCUUCCCCUGGGCGGAAGGUGGAAAUCUGGCCGAGUACUGGAGUCGAAACUCUGGGUUUUCUUUAACCAAAGUCGAGCUUGCCUGGAUUUUCGGCCAGCUCACUGGUCUAUUCGGUGCUCUCGAGGAACUCCAUGCGGGUAACUGCAGACACGGGGACCUGAAGCCUGAAAACAUUCUGUUGCUCAUCGAUUUGGACAAGAAGAUGACAUUGCAAAUCGCCGACCUGGGGCACACUGCUUUCCAUGAUCUAGAAGCCGCGACCAAUAUUCGCAGAGCUCACGAGAUAUACACCAAGACGCCACCAGGAACAUCUCGGUACGAACCUCCUGAGAUGGAAAUGGGCCGAGACAAGAACCGAUCCACUUGCGAGGCUCGUUCAAGAGCGUACGACGUCUGGUCAAUGGGCUGUGUUGUCUUGGAGUUGCUUAUCUGGCUUUCCUACGGCUUUGACACCGUGAGUAAGUUCAGAGAUGAAACCGCAUACCUCUGGGAAUGGGAGCGGGUCAACAAGAAGAAGCAAUACCGUGUCCAAAGGGAGGCACAACGUUACAUCAAAGCUCUCUACACAACAUGGCAGGAGCCAUCAGCAUGGAAGGAGCUUUUGACACUUGUGGAAACAAGGCUUCUCCUCGUCGACGUGUCCGAGGACUGGAAUAUCAGCUCUAUUGGUUAUCGUGAAACGGCGGCUGCAGCUCACAGACAAAUGAGGAUAACCCAGAGAAAGUACUACUCUGUGUGAGUUUCCACGGGCUAGGGGCUCUUAUGCCCAAACUUGAUUAAGGGCCAACUCAAAAUCAGCAUCGCGGACAUUAGAUCUAAGUCGGCCUUAGGAUAAAGCUAGAAACACGGUAGCUUCGAACAUUUACUGCCCUUUAUCAAAACUGACAUAGUUCAUUGCACAAAGUCUAUAGUAUUGGCUAUAUUAUAUAAGUAAAUGGAAUAUGACUUUUGCAG